UUUCUCUAUUUCUCAUUCCCAGCACAGAUUGCUAAAUCGAAAAUUCCGAGUGAUUUAUCAGAUUCUGAUAGUCAAAGCUGAGAGAGAUGGGUCAAGCUUUUCGGAAGCUCUUCGACACCUUCUUUGGCAACUCUGAGAUGAGGGUUGUGAUGCUUGGUCUUGAUGCUGCUGGCAAAACCACUAUCCUUUACAAGCUCCACAUUGGAGAAGUUUUAUCCACUGUUCCUACAAUUGGUUUCAAUGUGGAGAAAGUUCAGUAUAAGAAUGUUAUUUUCACAGUUUGGGAUGUUGGAGGACAAGAGAAAUUAAGACCACUUUGGAGGCACUAUUUUAACAACACAGAUGGUCUGAUUUAUGUUGUUGAUAGCCUGGACCGCGAGAGAAUUGGAAAAGCUAAGCAGGAAUUUCAGACAAUCAUAAAUGACCCCUUUAUGCUGAAUAGUGUCAUCUUGGUAUUUGCCAACAAACAGGACCUGAGAGGGGCAAUGACCCCAAUGGAAGUAUGUGAAGGACUAGGUCUCUUUGAUCUAAGGAAUAGAAAAUGGCACAUACAAGGCACUUGUGCACUUAAGGGAGAUGGCCUUUAUGAGGGUUUGGACUGGUUGGCUUCGACUCUGAAGGAGAGAAAAGCUGCUGGAUAUUCUUCAAUAGGAACCUCGUCCUUCUAAUUGUCCAGGUGCUAUGGCCUUUGUCAUUGAUGAAUGUGUAUGGUUUGGCCAGUUUCAUUCAAGGAUGCUGUAGAAAGUAAUCAAAUUUUUUGGGUUUCAUUAGGUUACGUCUAAAGCUGAUGAAGUAUAUAGAUGCUUUCACCUUCUAAUAUGUGACUUUGCUACAAUGUAUAGAAGUUUGAGCAUGACGAAUGAAAACUAA